CCCUACGAUCGCAAACGCCGGCACCAGGAGGACUCCGGCUCCGAGCCCAGCGACUACGAGGAGCAGAAGGAGGAGGAAGAAGCUCGGAAAGUCAAAAGCGGCAUCCGCCAGCUUCGCCUCUUCAGCUCCGAGGAGUGCGCCAAGAUCGAAGCGCGGAUCGAGGACGUGGUGUCCCGGGCGGAGAAGGGGCUCUACAAGGAGCACACGGUGGAUCGGGCGCCUCUUCGGAACCACCGGGUGAUUCCCGAGGGCUUUGUGAACAGUGCCGUCAUCAACGACUACCAGCCGGGGGGUUGCAUUGUCUCCCACGUGGACCCCAUCCAUAUCUUUGAGAGGCCCAUCGUCUCCGUCUCCUUCUUCAGCGACUCAGCGCUCUGCUUCGGGUGUAAAUUCCAGUUCAAACCCAUCAGGGUCUCGGAGCCCGUUCUCUUCCUGCCCGUGAAGAGGGGAAGCGUCACGGUGCUCAGUGGAUAUGCAGCCGAUGAAAUUACACACUGUAUUCGACCACAGGACAUCAAGGAGAGAAGAGCUGUCAUCAUCCUUCGAAAAACAAGACUAGAUGCACCUCGAUUGGAAACAAAAUCCCUGAGUAGCUCUGUGUUGCCACCAGGUUAUAACUCUGACCGUCUAUCUGGAAGCAACCGGGACCAGAUCCUGAAACCAAAGCGGUCCCAUCGCAAAGCAGAUCCCGAUGCUGCUCACAGGCCACGGAUUCUGGAAAUGGAUAAAGAGGAGAACAGGCGCUCAGUCCUCUUACCAAAACAUAGGAGACGGAGCAACUUCAGCUCUGAGAACUAUUGGCGAAGGUCUUACGAGUACACGGAGGACUGUGACGAGGAAGAGGAGGAUGGCAGCCCAGCCAGGAAAGUGAAAAUGAGGCGACACUGAGGAUUGCACUUUCCAAGCUCAUGGAGCUGAUGAGAUUGGCCUCUAGUCUGUGAAAACUUUCUCCUCCCUCUGGCUAUCUUCCAUCUAGCUUCAGUUUUGGUUUUUCCUUUCAGGCUGAAGAGUAAACAGGAAGGAUCUAGCGAUUUGGUUUUAUGAAUGGAGGAAUGCUGAGACAUACGUAAGGAUGGAACAUGUCCAGUGCACAUGGUGUCCUGAGUCAUGGCUCAAACGGGCAUCUCUCCCUUAGGAAGCAGAUAAAGUUAUGCCGGGCUGUCUGUUGGGAUUUCUUUUGAAAACACCAAAAAGUUUAACUGUUUCAUUGCGCAAGAUUCAAGAAUUGUAUUUUUGUUUUUUUGCUUUAACUUUCUUCCUUUCCAAAUGUUCUAAAUAUGAUGUUUGACCCCAGGAGCUGAAACUCUCUGUGGUGGCCAUGUUUUCCUUGCUUCACCAAAGGGCUCCUUGGUCUGCU